AUGGAUGCACCACAAGAGUUGGGAGAUUGUGAAAGUUGCCAGGAUCAUGGUGAAUAUUUGCCAGACCCGCAUUCUAGCUCUUCCACGGAUACCUGGGAGCUGGAUUACUGCUAUGCCUGGGAUCUUGGGGAAUAUUUGUCAGAUGCUUACUCUAGCUCUUCCACUGAUACCUGGGAGCUAGAUUACUGCUAUGCCUGGGAUCUUGGUGAAUAUUUGCUAGACGCUCACUCUAGCCCUUCCACUGAUACCUGGGAGCUAGAUUACUGCUAUGCCUGGGAUCUUGGUGAAUAUUUGCUAGACGCUCACUCUAGCCCUUCCACUGAUACCUGGGAGCUAGAUUACUGCUAUGCCUGGGAUCUUGGUGAAUAUUUUCUAGACGCUCACUCUAGCUCUUCCACUGAUACCUGGGAGCUAGAUUACUGCUAUGCCUGGAAUCAUGGUGAAUAUUUGAGAGACACUCACUCUAGCUCUUCCACUGAUACCUGGGAGCUAGAUUACUGCUAUGCCUGGGAUCAUUGUGAUCAGGACCUUGAAUCAGAUGAUGAUGAGGACCUUUUAGAGA